UAGAAUAAUAUAGAGUAUAGAGUAUUAUAGAGAGUAGAGAGAGCAGCUGCUGAGACUGAGACCGAAAGUAGACUACAUUUCUCGAGAUUCCAGGUCUAGAUUUCUAGAUCUAGGGGUGUUUCUUUCGCUUGGCACUUGGUUAUCAGCUCAAUUAACUUUUCCCCUUGACUCAUAGAUCUACAUCUAGAUAGAGUUGAGAUCAAAUUCUUGAUGGCACAGCCAAGAAAAUGCAAAAAGCUUCCUGUAUGCAUUGUGGAACCUCAUAAUGAAGUUCUUCCUUUCAUCCACAGAGCCAUCGCAUCACGCCGACUUCCCUUCAACAAUGUUCCCAUCCUGCAUUUUGAUUCUCAUCCAGAUUUACUUCUUCCCAUCAACCUCAAAGCAGACAUUGUUUUUCAGCCACAGAAAUUAUAUGAGUCUUUGAGUAUCGAGAACUGGUUACUUCCACUGGCAUACGCCAAACAUGUAAACCAUGUGAUAUGGGUGAAGCCUCCAUGGGCACAGCAGAUCCAAAGUUCAGAACAGAACUUUUCAAUUGGGAAAUGUUCUCAAUCUGGAAAUGUAAGGCUGUCUUGUAAGGAAAAUUACUUUCUGACUGACGGGUUAUUCCAGACUGUUGGAAAACUCACAAAUACCACAGACGUGAAGCUUACAGUUGUGGAACUCUUGCCCGAGAAAUGGUCACAAUUUGAUCCAGGUUAUUGUGAUACAACAAAUACAUCAGGGGGUACUAUCCCAAUACCAUCACAGACCGACUGGAUUCCUACGCUGUUAGAUCAACUGAUGGAUCAACCCUAUAUCCUGGACAUAGACUUGGAUUUCUUCUCCACUGCAAAUCCCUUCAAAGACAUGUUGAAGCCGGAGGAAGAGCAAGCUUUGACAAGACUGUACCACUAUUCAUCUCCAUCAGAUUCUACAAAUGAUGGCAUCUUAUCCUUCACAAAGACUAGACAAAAGCAGCUUGAAAAAUUAGAGAGAGUUUUCUCCUCUUUAGAGUCAAAAUGGUCCGACUGUGAAAAGGUUCCGUCUUUGAAGGAGUUGGAAGCUAUGACACUGACCGAGCUGGUGGGCAUGAAUCCCAUCAACAUCAACUGGUGUGAUGAAAAUGUACAGGAUCUGAGACUUCUCACACAUGCUGUGAUCCUGGAGGGAAAAUCUCGAGAUAUGACCUUCACCAAUCUCCACGACUACGGCUGUACCCUCGAUGACACAGAACUCCCCCAUCACAUUAGUACUCCGGAGCAGCUGGAGGUUCUGCAUGAUGAGUUUUCUCUCUUGAUGGAGCGGCUACCUCGGCCUGCCAUCGUCACUAUAGCAAGGUCCAGUGAUGAUGACUACUGCCCAAAGAAUCAAGUGGACCAGUGUCAAACAAAAGUCUUGUCUGUUUUGGAACAUCUGUAUGGCUCUUUGGACAUUACCUCGGAAUAUUCUUGACCCAAUCAUGCCUUGCACAUGUUCAUAUGCAUGUAUAUAAUGUACAUAUAUUUUUUAUACUUUGAAAAUGUAUCAUGUGCUUCAAUUGAGCCAUUGCAGUGAAAUAAAAGAAGAAUAUGAAA